CUUUUCUGUAAAUAAAACAACAUUUGAGGGCUUUUCUUGCAGGCCCUUCAAAAGUCUGGUAUGGGUUUCUGACUUUCUUUUUAUAAAAACGGGAUGGUGAUGGUUUUCUAUUUCGCCUUAAGAGUUUGAAUUCCAAGAUUUUUUCUUGUUUUUGAAGAAAUCGUAAUCAAAGAUUCCGGAUUCAGAAUCUUGCUCAAUUGCGUAUUUUUUCGUUCGAGGAAUUGGCAUCCACAUAUUGCAAUUUCAAGGAGAUUGAAAUUCAGAGAUUUGGGCGUCGUUCUCAAUCAAAUCCUUUCGGUAUCGAUUUUGCUGUUUUAUUGGAAUUUCUGAGGUGGGUUUUUGGUUUGAAGAUGGUGGCCGUUGAGAUCGAUAGUUUUUUGGAUGCCGAAUCUCGGAUUCCGAAAGAAGCGAAGCGGAUUCUGCACUCUCUGGCUUCGGAAUGGAGCGAUGUCGCCGAUGCAAAGGCGCUUGAGGUGGUUCCGUUGAAGGGUGCGAUGACGAAUGAGGUGUACCAGAUCAAUUGGAAGACGGAGAGGGGCCUUCUCCCCCGGAAGGUGCUGGUGCGGAUCUAUGGUGAGGGUGUGGACGUCUUCUUCGAUAGGGAGGAUGAGAUUGGGACGUUUGAGUGCAUGUCGAAGCACGGGCAGGGCCCCCGUCUCCUGGGCCGAUUCCCAAAUGGGCGGGUUGAGGAGUUCAUUCAUGCAAGGACGCUUUCAGCACCUGACCUGCGGGAUUCAGAUAUAUCUUCUCUUAUUGCUGCAAAAUUGAGGGAAUUCCAUGAUUUGGACAUGCCUGGUCCAGGAACGGUGCAGCUCUGGGACAGAUUAAGAAAUUGGCUCAGUGCAGCCAAACGCUUGUGCCUUCCUGAGGAAGCUAAAGAGUUCCGCUUGGAUACCAUAGAGGAAGAGAUAGCUAUUCUGGAGAAUAAGUUGUCGGGGGAUAGUCAGAAGAUUGGGUUCUGCCACAAUGAUCUUCAGUGUGGGAAUAUAAUGAUCGAUGAAGAGACCAGAUCAGUGACUAUAAUAGACUACGAGUAUGCAAGUUACAAUCCUGUUGCAUACGAUAUAGCAAAUCACUUCUGUGAGAUGGCUGCCGAUUAUCAUACUGAAACACCGCAUAUCUUGGACUACGAUAAGUACCCAGAUUUUGAAGAACGCAGAAGAUUUGUAUAUCAAUAUCUGAGUUCAUCAGGCAAUGAAGCGAGCGACCUCAAAGUUGAGCAGCUAGUCCAUGACAUCGAGAAGUAUACUUCUGCAAGCCAUCUGCUUUGGGGCCUAUGGGGAAUAAUUUCGGAGCAUGUAAAUGACAUUGACUUUGAUUAUAUUGAGUAUGCGAGGCAAAGGUUUCAGCAGUACCAGCUGAGGAAGCAUGCCGUACUGAGUUCUGGGGACCCAUUAUCCGGAAAUGGUUCUGCAACGCCUUCCUGGUAGCAUCACUUUUGUAAAUUGUAUUCUGUCUCCAUGUAUUGUAAAUAUAUACCAUAAUGAUUGUUGGUCAACUAUAUUCUUACUUACAAUGGUAUCUGACUGCUCUAGAAUAAUUGUGGCUGUAAAUGGUUUUUUUUCCUAGCCAAUGCCCAUGUCAGUGAAUCUACUCAGACUUCAAGCA